AUGCGUCCAAAAGGCCUCGCGCUCCUCGUCGGCCCGAAGAUGCUCUUGCUGUUGGCACUCGUCCACCUGUCCUCAGCCGCCGCCGCCGCCUUCUCCAACCACCAACAGCACCACCACUCACCGUCGCAGCAACAAGCCGACAAGGCCCGGCGCCAGUGGAAGGCCCUCAACGUGCUCCUCACCGGCCUGCUGCGCGUGCCCGCCCUCGGCGCCCUGGCCAGGGACGUCUGCGGCGUCAUCACCCUCGCCCAGGCGCUCGUCGGCGAGGCUGCCGGCGUGUCGAGCGUCCGCGACGAUGCCGGCUGCGCAGACGUGACGGUGCUCUUUGCCCGUGGCACCUGCGACCCGGGCAACGUCGGCGUCACCAACGCGCCCACCUUUUUCGACUCGCUCGCCGCCCUGCUCCGUCGCGAUGGGCGCUCGCUCGGCGUGCGCGGCUUCGCAUAUCCUGCCAGCGUGGAGGAUUUCCUGGCCGGGACCAAGGCCCGAGGGCGCGAAUUUGCCUCGACGCUGCAAGCCACCGCGGCCGAGUGCCCCGACACCAGGCUCGUCCUAGGCGGCUACUCCCAAGGCGCCAUGGUGAUGCACGACGCCGCCGCCUUCGCGGGUCCGCAGGUCAUGUCCAAGGCCCGCGCCAUCGUCCUCUUUGGCGACCCGUAUUCCAACCAGGCCGUCGCCAACGUCGACCCCUCGAGGGUCAAGGUCUUUUGUCACCAAGGCGACAAUAUCUGCGAGGAAGGCGGCGACCUGAUCCUGCCGCCGCACCUGACGUAUGCCAAGGAUGCCGCCGCGGCGGCUGCUUUCGUCGUCUCGCGCCUAUAG